CUCACAGCCGUUGGAGAUGGGGAGAAAUGUCCUCUUUUAAGAGGAUAGGGAGAUAUUUGCUCCAAAAUUAAGUUUGAGGGCUUAGAUGCCCUUUAGCACUUUGUUUGACAUCUCAGGUACAUGGAUGAUACACUAUGAUGGAUCUCUCAAGCAGCAUAUACUUCGUUUCAUCCAUCGACUCCUCCGAGUUCACUCAUUUCAGUCGAGCACUAACUCGGUCGCCGGUAAUCGGUCUUGACGCCGAAUGGAAGCCCGUCCGCUCUCAGCAGCCCAACUAUCCGACGGUCUCUAUCCUCCAAAUCGCUUGCCAUAUCGGUGAAGACGACGAAACUCGUCAUUUCUCUAAUAAUUCGACACCUGUUUUCCUUAUUGACCUCUCAGCUAUCCCUCUUCUAUCUAUCUAUGAGCUUCUCAGGGAUGCGUUUGUUUCGUCUAAUGUUCUGAAGUUGGGAUUUCGCUUCAAGCAAGACCUGCUGUUCCUGUCCUCCACCUUCUGCUCUCAGGGCUGCGAGCCAGGUUUCGAUAGGGUGGAACCUUUUAUAGAUAUUACAAGCAUAUAUGGCUACCUGCAACACAAGCAACAAGGAAGGUUACCAAAGCAAUCUAAGAGUUUAGCAGCAAUUUGCCAGGAAGUGUUGGGCAUUUCUCUUUCAAAGGAGCUCCAGUGCAGUGAUUGGUCACAACGGCCUCUCACAGAAGAACAAAAGACUUAUGCUGCAGUAGAUGCUCUCUGCUUGCUUCAAGUCUUUGAUGUACUCAAGGCCAGGGUGGCUAAUGUAGUAGAGAGUUUUGAGCAUCAGUCACCAAUCUACAAAAAGAAGCAUGGAAAAGUCCUAAAAAGAUCAAGGAAGGUGCAACAGAACAAGACAACAAUGAAAUAUUCUGAUUUGAUCAUAUACCCGGUUGGGUAUAUGCAAUUCUAGAUCGGGCAUGUUUCAAUCUGAAGAUCAAACAAGAUCAACAAAAAUAAUUUGACUUGCAGAAACAUGGAAGAAUCAGAUUUGUCUUGAUACCUGAUCGGGUAUAAUCACAUACCGGUUGGGUAUGAUUUGAAAUUCAGGCCUUCCGGGCUACUGCCGAUACCCAUCUGGGCUCCUGCCCAUUUCCCUGUAAAAGCACCUCUUUGCUUCCCAUUUUGAUAUUCAUGAAUCAUCAUACUUAAGCUCAGAUUAUAUUAAUGGUUUUUCAUAUAUUUCUUGUGUGUUUAGACUCCAAUGUGGAGCUAAACUCUUCCAUUUUGCUUUUGUAAUAUUGACGCUUGUGAUUUGUAAGUUGUGAGUUAUUUUUUUAAUCAUCCUCUUUUGAGUAUUAAUUACUAUCCUAAUUAUAUUUCUUAUUAAUAUUUGUACAUUGCUAAGUGAUCAGUUAGUUAAUGUUUCAUAUUUAUUAUUACUAGAAUUGAUCAACGAAUACACUUGUUUUUCGUUUGGUCCUUUCGUAAGUGGUAUCUUUAGAUUACCAAUGCAUGCCUUUCAUGGUUAAUAAUCUAUAGGAGAAUUAAUUAUAUUGAUUGAACCGAUAAACCUCCUGUGUUGAGGUUGUUAAUCUUAGUUGAUCGCAUCUAAAGAUAAAAUGUUGUUGUCGGGUCAAUAUAAGGAGCUUGUUCUAUAUUGACUAAAUAGUAAGAGUUAUUAAGGAAUGCCUCUCCUUAUUAAUAACUAUCCUAGAUGAAUGGAAAAUACUCCACAAUUGAGUAUUCAAGAAGGGAUAGUUAAAGUAAUAACCAUGAUAUACGAGCAUUUCAUUAAGUGGAAAUUAGCAAAACCAAGUCUCCAUCUCAAAGUUAAUCUUUUUACCUUCAUAAUUCGUUCAUCUUUGUGUUUUAAUAAUCUCAAGUUCAUACUAACUCAAAACCCCCCUUUGGUUACGAUUUCACAUUAGAAGAAUACUUUUCCUUGUAGAUACGAACUCUACUACUCUAUACUACGGUAUUACUUCUUAGUAUUAAAUUAUUUUUGGGGUGCCCUUGAUCACCGCGUGCUGUAAUCUUCCUAGAACUUCUGUGGUUUUAUUUUAUUGGAUAUGGAACCACACACCUAGACUUCUUUUGAAAUGCUGAAGGGCUAGACAUAGUAUGUGUGCUUGUGAUGUGGCACAUGUGAAUCAAAGAUGAUAAGGAAACAGUAUAUCUUAAUUAGGAUAUCUUGCAUUGGCGGGGGUAUGUACACACAUGAUUGCAUGCACACACACAUGCAGUUUGUGCUUCUAGACGGGGCACAUGUUAAUCGAGAGCUCCUCUUGCUCUAUUUAUGUGCUGAUAAUGUUAAUUGUGUAAUCACUUAUCAAUUUGUUUGAGUAAGCUUUUUAUGCACUUUAUCUCUGUUAACAAUUUAUUCUGUCUCUUGGUUCUGUCUCUUGGUUCUGUCUCUAUGUCAUGCAUUUUCCAGAGCAUAUGUUGACAUAAUGAGAUAAUUCAAUUUAGGGAGUACUGCAUGCAAUGAUGAAAAGCUCCGGUCAUCUUCCAUCAAUCUUGGCCUCAAGGAGAUUCUUGACAUGCCAAAUGUUUCUGAUAAUGUAUUGCAGAUCAAGUUCAUCAAAGCUACAAAGAUGGUCCAAACCAUUGUCACCGAUUUUCCCCUAGGAAUAACCAUUUGUGAAGAAGCGGCUUCUGUAUUUCAGUAUUCCGAAAAUAAGCGAAUGCACGAUGCAGUCAUUUGGAUUAUCAGCAAGUAUGGUGAUAAAAUAUUACUAAGUGAUGCUGACAGGAAACCCAAAAUGUCGAGGAGGAAAGUGAGAACGUCUCCUGCUGGAUUAUUGGCCAAACCUAGACAAUUGGACAGUGGUGAAGAAUGGGAAGGUCCCCCGCCUUGGGAUAUGUCCUUGGGUGGUGAUGGCUGCCCUAAGUUCUUAUGCGAUGUGAUGGUUGAAGGAUUGGCAAAACAUUUGAGGUGUGUUGGCAUUGAUGCUGCCCUUCCACCUAUGAGAAAACCUGAAACAAGGAAUUUAAUAGAACAAGCAUCCAAGGAGAAGCGAGUACUUUUAACACGAGAUGCCAAGCUGUUGAGACAUGGCUAUCUCAUAAAAAACCAAAUUUACAGGGUGAAGAGUCUUCUUAAAAAUGAACAACUUAUUGAGGUGAUAGAAACAUUUAAAUUGGAUGUUUCAGAGGAACAGCUGAUGUCCAGGUGUACAAAAUGCAACGGGAGGUUCAUACAGAAAGCUCUUUCAACUGAAGAGGCCGUUGAAGCUGGCAAGGGAUUUCAGGUCAUCCCAAACUGCUUAUUUAACAAGAAUUUGGAGUUCUGGCAGUGCAUAGAUUGCAAACAACUCUAUUGGGAGGGAACCCAAUACCAUAAUGCUGUACAAAAGUUCAUUGACAUUUGCAAGCUAAAUGAGUAAUGCGUCCCUGAAAGAAUGACUCCCCGACGGAAGUUCACUAGAUGUAUGACCAGAAGAAUUCAAAGUCGGAUGCACUAUGAAUGGAAAAAGAUAACCAGCAACUAAAUGUGGAAAUGAUACUAUGUGAUUAAAAGAUGGAAAAAGUUCAAUCCAACUGAUCCAACAUGGCACCUUGGGUGCGUCCUCCUGGCACGGACCAAGCUUUUGAAUCCAUCCAUAUGUUUUUCCUUUCUGAUAUUUAGCUUCACCACUCAAAUGACUAUCACGUGAAUGACAUUGUAAUGUAGAAUUGUAGACUAUACUUGGUAUUUCAUUCCUAUUAAAUUCAAGUUACCCGUUAAAAGAGUAACUUUACAGGAUACGUUUCUCCGGAUUUUGUAUAUGAAGACUUGAUAGGAGCUGAACUUCUGCUCGCUCCGUCCCACAAAACUUG